AUGGGCAGGGCCCGGUUCCGCGGCGGCCCCCGCGGGCAGCGCCUGGUCGCCGCCGCGGGGCUGCUGCAGGCGCCCGCCGUGCGGCUGAGCCUGGGUGGCGGGGCCUGCGGCGCCGGCCGCACCGGCGAGGUGGACUGCGCGUCGUCGGGCAGGGGCUCGCUGCCCGCAACCGCGGGCAACAUCGCCUCCGCGGUGCUCGCGGGCUCGCUUGUGCUCUUCGUCCUUGCCAGCACAGGCGACUUCAAGCAGUUCAGCCAGAUGCUCACGGGCGAGCACGGGCGAGCCGCCCCUCGCAAGGGCUGCGCCCACCUGGUGCACUGCGGCUUCGCCGCGGGACCCCCCGACGCCAGCGGCGGCGGGGCCAGGGGCGCCAGGAGGCCUCCGGCGCGCCCUAUAGCGGCGAUCAUGGGACUGACCGUGUACCGCUUCUACACCGGCUUCCUCAGCGCCACGUGGCUGCCGUACCUGCUCGCCAUGGAGGGCGUGGACCUCUGGGGAGAGAACCAGGCGUUGUUCAUGGGAAUCAUCAAGCUGCUCUACGGGGCGAGCAUUUUGCUGAAUCCUCUCUUUGGGCUGCUCGGAGACAAGGCGGCCACGAUGUCGCACGGCCUCGGGCGGCGCAUCUUCGUGCGCGCUGGGAUCCUCCUGGCCGCCCUGGGCAUCUUCACCUGCUACUUCGCCGCGUCGCGCGGGCUCUUCAGGGUCUUCCUGCUGGGCAUCCUUGCCUGGAGGCUCGGCGAGGGGCUGUGCGACGUGACCACCGAGGCCAUCUGCCCAGAGAUGCUGCCGCCGGAGCAGUUCCAGCUCUCGAGCUCCAUCCGCGCGGCCAUGUUUCUGGUGGGCGGCUUCGUCGGCUACGUGGCCGUCCUGGUGACGGCCCACCUGCACUACAGCUGGCUCUACUUCGGCUACAUGCUCAUGAUGCUCCUCUGCGGGCUCCCGGCCCUAGCCCUCAUGCCCGACGGCGGCGAGGUCGCCCGUCCGACCAGGCUGUCGCAGGCGCAGAGGCCGUUGCUGGCCUCGGCCAUGGACGCGUACCUGAAGCCCGCGCAGUACGCUGGAGGCUUCCCGGCCGCAUGCCUCAGCAUCUUCCUCUUCAGCUGCGGUUCUGCCCCGAUGUUCUUCUUGCUGCUGAUGCUGAGGGACCUCGUAGGCAUCAAGGACUCCGUCGAGAUGCAGAUGCAGUUCAGCCUCGUCUCGAUCGAUUUCUUCCUGAGCGCCGCGGCGGCCUCGGCGCUCAACGUGAUGCUCGCGCCGGGCAGGGGGCACUCCGAGGACGCGUCGGAGGGGCAGCUGCUCCUGGCCACGGAGGUGCGCAGGAGGAGUUUCCAGAUGACGGCGGCCUCCGUCUUCGCGUUCGCGCUCGUCGUGGCGCUGAUACCUUUCCUGGUCCUGCUGGAGACCGUGGAGGCCCGCAGGGGGGCCUUCUACGUGCUCUCGGCGCUGAUGGGCGCGACUUUCGGCUCCGUGUACUCGCGCUUCCAGGAUUGCAACUGGCAGCUCCUCCCGUCUGACGUUGAGACGGCCACCGCGAUGGGCUUCUCAACUAUGUGCAAGCUACUCGGGGCCGGCCUCGGAAACUUCGUCGCGGGGCUCGUCCUGGAUCUCUGCCAGUCGCGGGAGAUGCGCCGCCACGCGCACGCGGACCACGCGGCGGUCGCGUACGGCCCUGGCGGCUACGCCAUCCUGUGCACCGCCUGCUCCGCCCUCGUGUUCGCGGCGGGGGUGCUGGUCCUCACCAUCCCGGGCCGCGUGGCCGCGGAGGCGCGCGGCCCGCGGCGGGCGAGGUCGUGCCCGCGGGCUGAGCCGGCCCGCGUGGGUGAGCGGCGGGCCGCGCGCGGGAGGCGGCGGUCGAGCCGUGGCGAGGCGUCCUGGCUUGCCCAGAGGCCCGCCAGGGAGUGUUCCAAGAGCCUCUCUUGUGGUUUGCGCGACGGGUCGCGGACGCCGUGCGCGACACGUGUCCAACCGUGCGGAGCACCGGCUGCAGUCGCAGGUGCCGCGCAAGACUGCGGCGAGUGCGGCCGCCAGCGAGCCUUUGGUGCUGCCGGCCUCUCGCCCGCUCUCCUGCGGCAUCGUCUCGUCCUCCUCCCCUCCGCCCUCUGCCUUGCUUGUUUACGCUGCCCCAUCUCCACCUCAUAG